AUGGCUAUUGCCUUCUCGAACUCGGUUCUCACCGUCAUACAGCCCAAAGCAUUGCCCAAGGGCACUCCUCAAUUCGAAGAAAAGCGCACUUCACUGCUUGAAGCGUUUGCAAAGAAAGUGCCAUCGGAACUUCGCCUCCCGUCGGAUUUCUUCGUCAACCCACCCAUCGAUGUAUCAAAGGUCCCUACCACCUGUGGCAUUUUAAGCCGAUCCGAAGUUGAUAUCACAGAGAACUACGAUGCCGUUGGACUCGCAGAAGCAAUCGCAGCUCGGAAAUUUACUUCCCUCGAGGUGACAACCGCGUUUUGCAAACGUUCAAUCAUCGCACAUCAGCUCACAUGUUGUCUAACGCAAUGGUUUAUGCCCGAGGCACUGGAGCAGGCGAAAGAGCUGGACUCCUAUCUUGAGAAGCACGGCAAGACCAAGGGGCCUUUCCAUGGUGUGCCGAUAAGUAUCAAAGAGCAUCUACCCAUGGCAGGAACAUAUUCAUCUUAUGGAUCCUUUGCAAGUACCCAGUUUGAUGAGAAAGACUGCUUGAUGGUAUCACUGCUGCGCGACAUGGGCGCGGUCUUCUAUUGCAAAACAAACCAGCCACAGCUGAUCAUGCACUUGGAGUCGACAUCACACUAUGGCCGAACGCUCAACCCAUUCAACACCAAUCUCAGUGCAGGUGGAUCGUCGGGUGGUGAAGGGGCACUUGUAGCCAUGAAGGGAUCCGUGUUAGGCGUUGGCACUGAUAUUGGAGGUAGCAUACGUGGUCCUAGUGCCUUCAAUGGCAUAUACGGAUUCAAGCCAACAAGUUAUACUUUACCAGCAAAGGGAUUUAUUUCCCACGCCUUCUCGGCGGAACUCAACAUUCUCGCGACAGGUGGCAGUAUGUGCCGAAGUCUACGAGACACGGAUUUCUUCAUGUCGACAAUUUUGGGCACAAAACCAUACAUACAUGACCAGAAGCUAGUACCAAUGACCUGGACAGGUCUAAAGACAGCAACCAGGAAGCCUCUAAAGAUAGGUAUCAUCUACAACGAUGGAUACAUUUAUCCACAACCACCGGUCAAACGCGCCAUCGCCUGGGCUUGCAAUCAGCUCGAAGACCCCAAGUACUCGGACAUCUUUCAAGUCAAAUCCUUUAAGCCGUACAAUGCUGCAGAAGCUUGGUCCAAGGCCCGCCGUAUGUAUUGGCCUAGCGGUGGCAAGCUCGCCCGGGCCGACGUCGAAUCAACUGGCGAACCGGUUCUACCCUUGAGCGAAUGGACCUGGGCUGACGCUGCACCUCAUGGUAUGCUCGAUGCGGAACAAGUCAACGAAAUGCGGGGUGAGCGAGAUGCUUUCCGCUAUGCGUUUGCGGAUAGCUGGAAUGAACAAGAUGUUGAUAUUGUGAUUGGGCCAGCCUUUGUGGGUCCGGCUUGUUCGCAUGAUACAGCAUUCUACUGGACAUAUACGAGCUUGUGGAACUUUGUGGAUUAUCCGGGGAUUGUUGUACCCACGCCGAUCAAAGCGAAGAAGGGAGAGCAGUAUGAUGCUGAUUAUAAGCCGUUGGGUGAUGCGUGUAAACACGUUAAGCAGUUAUGGGAAGAAGGAGACUUUGAGGGAGCACCGAUUGAUCUGCAGAUCAAUGCAAGGAGGUAUCACGACAAUGAGCUUUUUGGGGCAUUGGCGAUGUUGAAGGACGUGUUGAAGCUGCCAUAG